AUCAACGUCUCUUUAUCUUAAAAUUAAGAGACUUGGUAACGAUGACACAAACCAAAAGCCAGGACGAAGAAACUGUUGAGCUUAUCGACCACAUAUAUGCACUGAGAAAUCAAUUUGAGGCCUCAAGCCAUGAUUCCCACCAUGAGCAGUCGAGGAAAAAUGCCCUGGCUCAAUUACAAACAUAUUCACGGAAGCUCAUGUUGGUUGGUCAAGAUCCCAAUGCCGCAUUUUGGGAGCUUGUUCGAAGGGUUAGUUUUCACCAACAUUCAGGUUAUCUGAAUUCAUUCUUUUACCCUAUAGUAGUGCUCUAUUCUCUCACCUAUUAAAGUAGCCCAGGACAUGGGUGUUUUCCGGUACCUCAUGGAUCAUGGCAGCGCCACCGCGAAUGAACUGGCCACUAUCUCAGGAGCAGAAGAAUCCCUAAUUGAUCAGUGAGAAUUCUGCGUCCUCUAGCAGAAGGACUGCUCACCGAGGUGGAUGAUGAAUUAUAUAAACUCACCAGUCGUGGGGGUGCGGUUGGAUUACCAGCAUACGAUGAUGCUAUCACAUUUGCGUAUGUUUAAUAAUACAGAUCAUGAGUUAAUAUUGACCUGAAAUGAUACUAA